AUGACAGUUUUAUCGAAACUUUGUUGGAAAGACGUAUCAAGGAUCAAUGUGAUCCUCACUAAGGAUCAAAACACAAAUUCAACCUCAAUCGACCCUCCUCGAGCUUUAGAGGACGGAUCACAAUGGGGCCGACCAGCUUUGCCUCCAAUAGACCCAAGCUCACAGUCUAUCAUAUUCCAGCAAAUCGACAUCGAUGAACAAUCACAGAGUAACAUACCUCAGUUACGAAUCUUUGGGAUCACCGAACAAGGACACUCCGUAUUAGCUCAUGUUCAAGAUUUCUUACCCUAUCUAUGGGUUCCCGCUCCAAAGGAUUGGCAAAAUUCGGAUUGCAAGGAUCUUACAGCUGCACUGAACUCAUCUCUCUCUAUGGGCACCAAACCCGUCCAUAGUGUCACAGUAGCUCAUAAAUUGUCUCUAUGGGGAUACACGGGCGACACUAAAUCUCCCUUUCUCAAGAUAUCACUGACCGAUUUUAAACAUAUGGGUCGUGUCAGAAGAACAUGCACCACAGCUUUACUAACAUUUUGUUCCCGCGAACUCUUCGAAAUAGGUGCCUUCGAACGAGGGGAGGUUAACUUUCGUGAUAAAUUUCAACCUUGUACGACCUUUGAAAGUAACAUCUCAUAUACUUUGCGCUUCAUGAUUGAUAAAAAGAUCACGGGGAUGAACUGGAUUGAGAUUCCCGCUGGUACAUACCAAUUGCGAUCUCCGGGCAAACAGGCAUCCAAAUGUCAAAUCGAACUGGAUACUUCAUCAGACACCAUUAUAUCACACGCACCAGAGGGUGAAUGGUCAAAGAUGGCUCCUUUUAGAGUUCUGAGUUACGAUAUUGAGUGUGCAGGUAGGAAGGGAAUCUUUCCCGAAGCCAAAAUCGAUCCAGUCAUUCAAAUUGCUAACUUAGUGACAUGUCAUGGUUCAAGUACCCCUUUCAUCAGGAAUGUUUUCACCCUUGACACAUGUGCACAUAUUGUGGGAAGUCAAGUGAUAGAAUUCAAGAAGGAAGAAGACAUGUUGGCAAAAUGGCAGCUUUUUGUAGAGGAGUGUGACCCGGAUCUGGUCAUUGGGUACAACACGACUAAUUUCGAUAUGCCAUAUCUGCUUGACCGUGCAAAAGCCUUGAAAGUGAACACCUUUCCCCAACUAGGACGAAUGAAAAACAUUCAGACUGUAGUCAAAGAUACACAUUUCUCUUCUAAAGCUUAUGGAACUCGUGACUCUAAAGAGACUCACUUGGAUGGACGACUUCAAUUAGAUCUUUUACAAGUCAUGCAAAGAGAUUAUAAACUACGGAGUUAUACGCUCAAUGCAGUCUGUGCUCAAUUUUUAGGGGAACAGAAAGAAGACGUUCAUCAUACGAUGAUUACAGAGCUUCAAAAUGGCAACUCCGAGUCUCGACGUCGGUUGGCUGUCUACUGUCUCAAGGAUGCGUACCUUCCACAACGAUUGAUGGACAAGCUCAUGUGCUUUGUCAAUUACACCGAGAUGGCUCGUGUAACAGGCGUACCCUUCAAUUACCUCUUAUCCAGAGGACAACAAAUCAAAGUCGUCUCUCAGCUUUAUCGUCGUGCGGGUGAAUUUUCUUACAUCGUCCCCGCGAUGAAAUAUGAAGGAUCCGAUGAUCAAUUUGAUGGUGCAAUUGUAAUGGACCCUAUUCGAGGUUAUUACGAUGUUCCGAUCGCUACUCUUGAUUUCGCAUCACUUUAUCCUUCGAUCAUGAUGGCCCAUAAUCUUUGUUAUACUACUUUGACUGAUGCGAAGACAGCCAAACAACUUGGCCUUGUAGAGAAUGAAGAUUACAUAAUCACUCCCAAUGGCGAUUAUUUUGUGAAGACUUCUAAACGAAAAGGAUUACUGGCGAUUGUUUUAGAAGAUCUUUUAUCAGCUCGAAAACGUGCAAGAGCAGAACUUAAACUAGAGACUGAUCCAUUCAAGAAAGCUGUGCUCGAUGGUCGUCAAUUAGCAUUGAAAGUUAGUGCAAAUUCGGUAUAUGGUUUCACAGGAGCUACUGUUGGAAAAUUACCUUGUUUGCCUAUUCCAAUGAGUGUGACGGCUUUUGGAAGAGAGAUGAUUAAAACUACAAAGGCGGAAGUUGAAGCUACUUACACCAAAGCAAAUGGAUAUGAACACGAUGCACAAGUAAUUUAUGGAGAUACUGAUUCUGUGAUGGUUCGAUUUGGUUGCAAGGAUCUUGCAACAUCCAUGAGAUUAGGUGCUGAAGCGGCUGAUUUAGUCAGCACGAAAUUUGUUAAACCUAUCAAACUCGAAUUUGAAAAAGUCUACUUUCCUUAUCUUUUAAUUAGUAAAAAAAGAUAUGCUGGAUUGUAUUGGACAAAACCAGAAAAACAUGAUAAGAUGGACGCUAAAGGUAUUGAGACAGUUCGUAGGGAUAAUUGUAGAUUAGUUCAAACUGUUAUUGAAACUUGUUUAAAGAAGAUGUUAAUUGAUCGUGACGUUCAAGGUGCAGAAGAUUAUACAAAACAAGUCAUUGCUGAUUUACUUCAGAAUAAAGUUGAUUUAUCUCAGUUAGUGAUCACCAAAGCGUUAGCAAAAUCAGAUUAUGCUGCUAAACAGGCUCAUGUCGAAUUGGCGAAACGUAUGAAGAAACGUGAUGCGGGUAGUGCACCAGCGCUGGGAGAUCGAGUCGCUUAUGUCAUCAUCAAGGGCCCCAAAGAUGCAAGGGCGUAUGAGAAAUCAGAAGAUCCGCUGUAUGUGUUAGAGAACAAUUUACCAAUUGAUACCAAGUAUUACCUUGAGAAUCAAUUAUCAAAACCUCUAAUGCGAAUCUUCGAGCCAAUUCUAGGAGAGAAAGCUUCAUCCCUACUGGCGGGUGAUCAUACUAGGAUUGUGACGAUUGCAACACCAACGCAAGGAGGAUUAAUGGGAUUUGUCAAACGUACUGAAACUUGUUUAGGAUGUAGAACACCUUUACCAAAGAGUACAGGAAAGGGGAUGAAUACGGCUGUCUGUAAAAACUGUAGACCUAAAACGGCUGAAUUGUAUACUAAACAAAUGGCACUUACUCAAGGAUUUGAGACCGCUUAUUCUAGAUUAUGGACCCAAUGUCAGAGAUGUCAAGGAUCAUUACAUCAAGAUGUGAUUUGUACAGCGAAAGAUUGUCCAAUCUUUUAUAUGAGAAAGAAAAGUCAAAAAGAUGCUGCUGAUAGUCAUUCAGUUUUACAAAGAUUUGAAGGAUCUUGGUAA